AUGGCAUCCGAACCACCCAUCACCAUCCGCCUCCCCUCCAAAUACACAUCCUCCUCCCCAUCAACAACCCCCUUCAACCCCCCACCCCUCCCCUUCCUCCACCGCACCUGGUCCGUAACCCACUCCACCCUCAGCAUGUGGCGCACCGCUCAAAACGUGCGUAUCACCUACGGUCCUCUGCCCUCUAAAACCAAGGGAGGAGAGGACGUGGAAAGGGUGUCGGAUUUGGUGGAGUAUGAGGCCCUAUCUAAAGACAAGGAGAAGGAGGAUACCACCAAUGGUGGGGAGGGAGGAACUGGAGCUAGAGAUGGGGUUGUUGAGAGGAAGAAGGGGGGGAAGGGGAAGGGGAAUAAAGUGAAAAGGAUUCAGGGGGUGGAUACGGCGGUAACAAAAGGGGAUGGGGGGGCGUGGGAUUGGAGGGGGAGUGGGUUGUUGUUUUUCGUGGGGAGUCAUUGGGAGGUUUUGGGGUGGGGGGAGCGGCCGCUUUCUAAGCCUUCUUCUUCUUCGUCUUCUUCCCCAUCAUCUCAGGGACAAGGGGAGAAUGGUGGUGGUGCUGAGCCUGAGGUGGAGAGGUGGGUUGUGACGUGGUUUGCGCCGACUGUGUUUACGGCGGAGGGGUUGGAUGUGUAUAGUGAUCGGAGGGAGGGGCCGAGUGAGGGGCUGGCGAGGGAUGUGUUGGCGGAGUUGGAGAGGGUGUGUAAGGGGCAAGGGAAGUUGGGGGUGAUUGUGGAGAGGGAUAUGAGGGAGGUUGCGAUUCGGUUGCCGUGGGGGGAGGCGUAG